CCUCUCUUUUUUUGUCCCCGCCCCUAGCUGUGCGCGCGCGCGUGCCAGGACCGGAAGAGGAAGUGUGUUGGCCCUGGAUACGGUGGAAGAUGGUGGCGCUAUUAUUUCUGUCAUAGGCCUGCACCUCUGAUGGAUCCUAAACUGAUACAUCGAGAAUUUGAAGGAAGGAACCACCCAUCCCCAGAGACAGAGGACUGACCAAUGCCUAUUACCAACAUGGAUCCAUACUCUUCACAAUUAAGACAAUUAAAAUGGAAACCAUCAGACUGUAAAGAUCUCGCGACUACAAUAAAGAAGGAAACUGAAGUUGAUCCAGACAUAUUAAAGAUAAAGUUAGAGGAUUCUGAAGAUGAAGUGUGCGGGAUGCAAAGUGCAACAGAUACACUUACUGGUGGAGAGUCCCUGAAAGAACGAGAUCAAGGGAAUGGAACAUUGGACAAUAGUGGUCAUCUGAUCAGAAUGAAGACUGAAAUGCAUUCAUCCUCACUUUCUGAUUCUGAACCAGAAAUAAUACAGAUAAAAAUUGAGAAAGAUGACUCUGACUCUGAAGAUAAUGUGAGUGCAGUGGGCAAUACAGCAUUUAUGCACCAAAAUGGGGAGACUGACUUAAAGUGUGAGUCAAGCACAAGACAUGUGGAAAGCUCUAAAUCCUGUUUUAUCUGUUGUAAAUGUGGAGAAAGUUUUGCUCUGAGCAGUGAUCACAUGCACAUCUGUGCAAAAAUGGGGGAGAGACUGUUCACUUGCUCCGAAUGUGGCAAAAGCUUCUCCACCAAGGGAAGUCUUCACAGACACAAGACAGUUCACACGGGGGAGAAGCCUUUUGCAUGUGUUAAAUGUGGGGAAAGGUUCUCUCGAAAAAGCUAUCUUUAUAACCACCAGAGAGCCCACACAGGAGAGAAGCCAUUUAACUGCAAAGAAUGUGGGAAAAACUUCUCCAGAAAAGGAAGUCUUCAGAGACACCAGAUUGUUCACACUGGUGAGAAACGUUUCACGUGUACAGAAUGCGGGAAAGACUUCUCUGAAAAGACCACGCUCCACAUUCACCUUAGGGUGCACACAGGGGAGAAACCAUUCAGAUGCACUGACUGCGGCAAAACCUUCUCUCAAAAGUCCAACCUUUACACCCACUAUAAAGUUCAUACGGGGGUGAAGCAGUAUUCAUGUACAACAUGUGGGAAAAGCUUUGCUGAGAAGACCACACUGAACACACACCUUAGAGUACACACAGGGGAGAAACCAUUCACAUGCACGGACUGUGGGAAGAGCUUCUCUCAAAGAGGUUCCCUUAACACUCACCGGAAUAUUCACUUAGGGGCAAAGUCAUUGUCGAGUGAAGAACGUGGAGAAAUGUUAUCCCCAAAGAACAUUAUUCACAAUUACUCUUAUGUGAUGUUGACCAGAUCAUCAGUAGAUGAGGACAUAAAGGGGCUAAAGCUCUUGGCCCAAAAUGACUUUGUUGGAUAUGCAGUGAAUACAGUUAAAGAGCAGAGGUGCUCCAGUCUGAUCGAUGCCAAUAUGGAUCGGCACUCGCUACUGGUCGGAACAAGCACCUUAGAACAGAAUCAAGAGAAUGACGUGUUUGUCCCAAAAGAUCGUCUGCCCACAGUGAAGACUGAAAGUGAUUCAUUCUCUGACGAUGAAGUCCCUGAGAGUGAAAUCUUACAGAUAAAGAUAAAAAGUGAAGAUACAGAUUCGGAAAAUGAUCUAGAUGCUACGGACAGUGGCGAUACUCCAACUGAUGAGGAGUCCCUGGAGUUUCUACCUACAGACAUGGAACCGGAGAAUAAAAAGCAUUUGACCGCCGAAAAUCCCGAAAUAGGUUCACUUUCUCCCGAAGCAGAUGAUCCAGAAAUAAUUCAGGUAAAGGUAGAGGAAACAGAGUCGAUAACCUAUGUGGACUCGAUGGAUAGUGCAACUAUUGGUGAGAACCGCUUAAAUGCGCAACUAAAUGGGGUCUCAGAAACUUCCAGACAUUGGCGCCAGAACUCAGCACUGACAGAAUCCAGUUAUUACCCAGAUACUUUAGAUACUGGUAGGGAACCGUUACAAAGUGCCGCAGGGUUUCGUGGGCUAGCACCGCACACACCACAGGCCGAUUCAGGGUUUUCCUGCCAUAAAUGUAGGAAAAGCUUCGCUACUAGUAGUGAUCUUAUCUCUCACCAAUGCCAUAGCCGCCGGUCUAGCAAAGCAGAAGAAAAACCUUUUAUAUGUUUAGAAUGUGGGGAGAGGUUCUCACGAAAGAGUAUCCUUCAGAGUCACCAGAGGGUCCACACUGGGGAAAAACCUUUUACUUGUAAGGUGUGUGGGAAAAGCUUCUCAGAGAAGAGGAGCCUUCACAGACACCAGACCAUUCACACAGGCGACAAACCUUUCAAGUGCACAGAGUGUGGCAAAGCCUUUGCUGAGAAGACCACGCUCCACAAUCACCUUAGAGUACACACGGGGGAGAAACCAUUCACAUGUUCAGAAUGCGGAAGGAAGUUCUCUCAGAAGACUAACCUUUAUUCCCACCAUAAGGUCCACACAGGGGUGAAACAGUUUUUCUGUACAAUAUGCGCCAAAGGCUUUUCUGAAAAGACUGCACUCACCAUACACCUUAGGGGGCACACGGGGGAGAGACCCUACACUUGCACAGAGUGUGGCAAAGGCUUCGCUCAGAAGUGUACACUCACAGCUCACCAGAACAUUCAUCUAGGGAAGAAACCUUUCAAGUGCACAGAAUGUGGGAAGACCUUCUCUAAGAAAUGCUCCCUCACCACUCACUGGAAUAUUCAUUUGGGGGUCAAACCAUUCAUAUGUGCAGUAUGUGGCAAAAGCUUUUCUCAGAGAAGCAUCCUUCACAACCACAUGGCAGUUCACACAGGAGCCAAACCAUUUACAUGUUCAGAAUGUGGCAAAAGCUUUUCCCUAAAGAAUGACUUUCAGAGGCACCUGAUCAUUCAUACAGGGGAAAAGCCGUUCACUUGUACACAGUGCGGGGAAAGCUUCUCUCGAAAAAGUACGCUCAACACACACUGGAACACUCACACGGGGGAGAAACCCUUCACAUGUUCACAGUGCGGGGAAAGGUUCUCGCGAAACAGCUCUCUCAAAGCACACUGGAAAAUUCACACAGGGGAGAAACCAUUUACAUGUCCACAGUGCGGGGAAAGCUUCUCUCGUAAAAGCUCUCUCAAUGCUCACUGGAUACUUCACACAGGGGAGAAGCCUUUCACAUGUAGAGAAUGUGGCAAAAACUUCUCGGUACGAAACAGCCUUCACAAACACAUGAGAGUUCACCAGACAAUCCACAUUGGCUAGAAGGUUUUUAGGGUAGGAAUAGGGUUGGAUUGUCUCCAAUUAAGGAAAGGGAAAGGUUUAAGCACAGGGGUGUCCCAAAAUAUGAGCAACCCCCAGUGACAAUAAAAGACAAUUGCAACAUGGUGUUCUUACUGAAGUACCCCGGGCCAGUGCACUUUUCAGCAAACAGGAUCCUUGGCCUGAGAUCUUCGGUAAACCAUUUUAAUGCUAUAAUUAUACCUUUCCUUCUCCUUAAAUAUUAAACUGGAGGGGAGACCAAGGAGAAAACAAGGACCACCGUUUCUUCUCUAGGGAUACUAGCAACCUUGUAUUUCAUGCAAGCCUCAUUUAUUGGUGAGUGAGACCUUUAUUUAAAACUUGAAUAAUGUUAAAGGGGAACUGAGCUUCAUCUUAUAUAAAUAAGGAACUUUUUAAAUCAGUCCAAUCCUGCACCAUUUCUGAAAUUAUUUCCCCCUCUGAGCAAUCUGCUUAUCUCUCUUUGCCUAGGCAAUGUAUUAAGGUGAUGGCCGGUGAAGAGAUUGGUCACCCGCCAUAAAAAAUGCACAACUGAUUGUGAAGAAAAUACUUUCCUCUUGUAUAACCUUGCCGAGUUUCUGGCACUUCCGGGUUGCACGAUGCUUCUUCGUCCUUAUUCGGAGCACUGUGUGACUUCAUCGUGCUGUGGCAUGACGUUCAAGUAUCUAAAGGGCUCUUUGCCUGAUGUUUGUUGCCCAACAUAAAAGCUCCUUACAUAGUUCAUGGGAGUGUUUUCUAGUCUGAUAUUUGGUCUUGCCUGUCCCUGACCUUGCCAUUAUGCUGCCUGAACUGACCUCCUGCCUGUGUUUGACUAUUUUUCGGAUUCUGACUUGGUGGUUCGCUUCUGAUCUGUGUAUAACCUUGGCCUGGGAGCUCAACCUCGUGCCUGCUCUCUGUUUUGGUACUAUUUUGCCCGAUUGGUUGAACCGGCCUGUUCUUGCCUAUACUGCCUGCUCCCUCCAUCCCUUUUGUACACGUUCAGUUCCUGUGUUUGCCCAGAACUUUCUCCCUGGUUCUCCCACAAUAGGACAUGGCAGCAUCUGAGUAGCGGAGGGCUUUGCCUGAAGCCAAAGAUGGCUGCUAUAGGCAGAAGAGUGGGACGUGAGCGGAACCUUGGAGUCUGUUCUGGGUUUGGGAUACCCUACAUUACGCUGCAGGGGCCAAAUCUCCUGAAAAUGCUCCUCCACGGGCUAUAACUGAAAUCACUGGUGGUAAAACCUACGUAUUGCUUUGUUCUUCUGAAGUCACCAGAAGCAUUUUUGGGAAAAUUUGCCACCUGCAGUUGUGCAUUUUUAUCACAGCCAUGGCCCUUAGUACUAACUGUCUUUCAUAAAGACUGGCUCCAACACAAAGCUGCAAUAACUGUGUUUCAAAAUAACCAGCUCCAAUAUAAAGCUGCGAUAACUUCCUUUCAAAAUAACCAGCUCCGAUAUAAAGCUGCAAUAACUUCCUUUCAAAAUAACCAGCUCCAACAUAAAGCUGCGAUAACUUCCUUUCAAAAUAACCAGCUCCGAUAUAAAGCUGCGAUAACUUCCUUUCAAAAUAACCAGCUCCGAUAUAAAGCUGUGAUAACUUCCUUUCAAAAUAACCAGCUCCGAUAUAAAGCUGCGAUAACUUAUAUUCAAGAUAACCAGCUCCGACAUAAAGCUGUGAUAACUUCCUUUCAAAAUAACCAGCUCCAACAUUAAGCUCCGAUAACUGUCUUUCAAAAUGACAGACUCUGGCACAAACCUGCAUGUAGAGAGACAUUGCUGAGAGGGUGAGUUAAGAGUAAGUUGAUCGUUUGAGAUCCUGUAUAAAAGUCUUAAAUAAUUAUAUAUAGAAAGAGUCUUAUUUACAUGAGAUGAAGCUUAUAUUUUCAUUUUUGUGACCGUUCCCCUAACUGCCAUGGUAUUAUAGGCUACUAUCGGUUUGGGGGUCAGUGUUCGUAUAAAAACUAGGGAUGCACCAGGUGCGUGCUUUUCAAAUUCAGACAAAUAAUCUCAGGAGUUUGCUGAAAACAAAACACUUCCCUGAUAUGAAUCUUUGCAAAACAAUGUGCAAAAAUCAGAAUUCAGUGCGUCCCUUUAAUAAAGCCUUUAUACAGCCAUAUCUUGUAUCAGUGUUGCCAUCGUCUGUUACCGAGUAGUUGUGUUUGCCAUAAGUGAUCGUGUCUUUCCUUUAAAUGCACGAGACUAUUUAGGACAUUUAUUAGGGUUUAGCUCUUUGAUCUGGGAAGACAUUUGCCCAUACGUGUAGCAGUUCCGUUUUUUUAGGACAUACAUGUAUUUAUUGAGAUUUUAUUGAAGUGCCAUUGACAUUCGGAGUGUUAAAGGGGAAAUGGUCCCUAAAAAUAAUUUUUAUUACAAGCAGGCAGCAGUAUUUUCAGAUAAUUUGGAGUGCGCAUUUGUUUUAUUGUGUGUUAUUUGAAUGUACCUUUCUCUUGUGCCAUUCUCUGGAUUGCUGUUGUACUGUUACCAAGGUGCCGGUGUUCAGUAACCAUACCUACCUGCCGAUGGUACGAAUGAAAGGGCGGGGAGUUAAUUGGAACAUUUGUUUUAGUAAAUAACAGCAUUCAUAUCAAUUUUACCUAUUUCUGCUCCCUAAAGUCACUGGCCUGUGCAACAAUGUUAAAGAGAAUGAGAAAGGCCAAUAAUUCAGAUUCCACCAACAAUUGGGUUGAGUGGCCCCUAUUACACUUGCCUAACAUACGGCAAAGCAAUUCCACACCCCCAUUCAUUAGUAGCAUGACGUAUGCUCUUCUGUGUUUGUUAUUGUGCAUUUAUAUGUUACAUUGUAUUUAUUACUCUAACCUAUAAACCCUCCCCUUUUUGUCUUCUGUACCCCGGAAUCUCUUAAUAAAGAAUGUUUAACAACAA